UCCUCCCUCCCCAUCUUACGCCUCCGAUCCCUCCGCUCUCUCUUUCCCUCCCUCCCACCAUCCUCAUUCAACAUUUCCUCAUCCCUCCCUAUCAUC